CCAAGAUACUGACGCAGAACCCCUGGGAGGGGGCAUUAAACUUUCAGCGUAACACCCUACGCGAAUCAUCCAGACAUUGACACAACAAUUUCUCUCUAUAGCGCACGAAAUUAUCGCGUCAUUUUCUUUCACUUUUUAAGUGGUCGUCGUCACGGGAGUAGCUAUAUAAAUGAACUGAUUAUCCAAACGCACCAUUACAGGGGCCUCUACAAGCAAUAAGUGAACGAGCAAUUACAGGAGUACUGAUCAAGGAAGGUGAAGGGACGUCAGUCUUAUAUGGGCGUUAUGUGCCUCGUGUGGAGAUACAGAUUAGUCGUAUCCAUGAUUCUGGUUGUUGUGCUCUGUGAUGUGUAUGCAUCAGACGCACAACCAAUUGGAAAAGUUUAUCCACGCGGAAAUCACUGGGCUGUUGGGCACUUAAUGGGCAAGAAAAGCACAGAUGAGCAGGUCAGACCAGAGGAAUCGGAAGGUGAUGACGAGACUUUUAUGACGACCUCAGAUCUGCAGCUGGAAAGAUUCAACAAACAUCUCCUGCCGCCACUCCUGUAUGCGCUCAUGAGAGGACGGACAGAAGCAGAGAGCAUGCAGGAGCAGGAGGACGCAGAGGAGAUCAGUGCUUCUAAACUGCUCCAGCGCAUGCUGACAAAUAGACGUCAGUGGGAGGAAGAUCACGAGAGAGGCAGACAAGUCAAACUGAUUGCUGACUUGUUAAAGGCUUUAAGAAUGCAGGAUGACAACGAAAGCUGAGGAUGAAAGACUGUGGUUUGAAGUUCACUUGUCAACUUGCUCUGUCGAAUACAAAUCUCUUUAUUAAACAACAUAUAAAUAAGCAUGUUAUAUUUUUGUAUGUCACUAUCUCAAUGAAAUACACAUAAAACUGAGUGUCAUUAUUCUGUAUAUUUUAUGCUAUUGUUUUAUAAAUGAAUUCAUCAUCUUGGUAACUGACACCAUAGUAAGCAUUGUAGUCAUAGUUCAACUGACUAAUAUUUAAUAAACUUUAUCUUGUUGGGCUA